GUUCACGUAGGUGGAAGAAGAAACACACAAAAUCCCUAAUUCAUAAUUGAAUUUUGUGAAGAACAACAAAAUCUCAGAAGAAAAUGGGAGAUUAUCACUUCAUAUACAAGGAUCUAGAUGGAGCCUCCACUCAAUGGGACGAUAUUCAAACCAAACUCGGCAAUCUUCCUCCAAAGCCACCCGCUUUUAAACCCCCUUCUUUCACCCCUGCAUCCGAUCCCGAUUCCAUUCCCAAAGAUAAAUCGUGGAUCGAUUCCAAAACUCACGAUGAACUUGAAGACCUCGAAGAUGAUCUCGACGACGAUCGUUUUCUUCAAGAGUAUAGGAAGAAGAGGUUAGCUGAGAUACAAGAGGCGGCUAAAGUUUUGAGGUUUGGGUCAGUGACUCCCAUUUCAGGAUCUGAUUUCGUUCGAGAGGUUUCACAAGCUCCAUCUGAUGUUUGGGUGGUUGUCAUUCUUUACAAAGACGGAAUUGCCGAAUGUGGGGUGUUGAUGCAAUGCAUUGAAGAAUUGGCUACAAUGUAUCCUGCAACAAAAUUUGUGAAGAUAAUAUCCACUGAUUGCAUUCCCAACUACCCGGAUUGUAAUCUUCCCACUUUGUUGGUAUAUAACAGCGGAGCCGUUAAAGGAAAUUAUGUUGGUAUGAGUAGGUUUGGGCGAAGAUGCACUCCCGAAGGUGUUGCAUUGGUCCUGUGCCAAUCAGAUCCUGUACUUAAUGAUGGCCAGAGCAGAGACGAGGAAUCAAGACAAGCCGUCAUCGAUGGAGUUCGCAAGAGGUUUAUAGAGAAAGUCGUCGCCGAUCACGAAGAGAAGGACUAUGAUUCGUCAAGUGAUUAGCAUUUUUGCUUGUCUUUGUUGUUUUCUUUCUCUCUCUUUCUUUUGGACACAUGUUUCGAUGAAGUUGAAACCAUACAUUUGUGAAGAACUUUGCUCCCCCAAAGAAAUCUUCUGUGUAGUGUGAUAAGGUUUAUUGUAGUAGUUGUUGUAGGCACUGCUAACUUAAAAUGUUAGUUUGAAGUGUGAUUUUCAAUUUACUAAUUUCCAAUUUACUAGUCAAUAGACUGUAAAUUAAUUUCAGUUUGCUUUCA